AUGCCAGACAAAUUCCAUAGACAAAGGAGUGAUCAUUUAAGCUCAAAGGGUAGUAAAAGGUUUUUGUUGAUAGCUGUAGGAGGUCUGGGAUCUUGGGAUGAGCCUUUGGAAUCUGGAGAAAUAUAUGAUUCUGUAUCAAAUAAAUGGACUGAAAUCCAGAGAUUGCCUUUUGAUUUUGGAGUUGCUUGUUCUGGAAUUGUUUGUGGCAGGAUGUUUUAUGUUUAUUCCAAGAUGGACAAGCUUGCAGCAUAUGACAUAGAACGAGGUUUCUGGUUUUCAAUUCAAACCACUCCGGUCCCACCUCGUGUACAUGAAUACUACCCCAAACUUGUAUCUUCUAAUGGCCGACUUUUCAUGCUCUCAGUGUCCUGGUGUGAAGGGGAUGGUCAAAUUGGGCGACGAAACAAGGCUGUUAGAAAAUUGUGGGAGUUAGAUCUCAUGUAUCAUACCUGGACUGAAGUUUCAGUGCAUCCUGAUGCCCCAAUGGACUGGAAUGCAGUUUUUGUGGCAGACAAAAACCUGAUUUUUGGGGUAGAGAUGUUCAAAAUAUUUGGUCAGGUGUUGGAUUUUCUCACUGCAUAUGAUGUGUCUAAUUUGGCUAAGUGGAACCAUAUUUCAAGGAAUCAUGUUACUCAUGAGCUGGAUGGUUCUUCGUGCUUGACCAAAUCUGUGGCUGUCCUACACCUAUGA